AUCGUCCUUGUCUUCUCUGUGACCUGUGUGUAAAUGUGCUCAUGCGUGUCUGACUUGUAUGUUUGAGCUUUUAUGGGUUAUGUGCACAAAAAUGGAAGGUGGAGAAAAAAUGCAUACUUUUGAGUCUUGCAUAUUGUAAAUACCAAAAAAUAAGAUAAUUACAAAAGACUGCUUUAGACCCUCGACUGUAUUUGCUGCUGACUUGUGCUAAUAUCUGACCUAAUUUCUCUAAUUAUUGCUGAUUGCUUUUAUGGUCAUGUUCUGAUGUUGCUAGUUCAACACAGCUUACAAACCCUCUUUGCUAAUGCAUACAGUAGUAAUGCUUCACGCACAUUUUUAUGUAAUUUCAACAGUGUCAUUUUGCUGAUAUCCUUUUGUGUUAAAACAGCUUCAAUGGUGUAUAAUAUAAAGUUUAAGCUAUAACAGCAGAAGCAGUCAUGUAAUGCCAUCACUACCAAGAUUAACACAGCUGUGUGUGACCUUGUGUGGCUUGGAUUGUGGACAGUUUUCAGUUGUUACUGCGUAGAGCUUUGCAUCUUGAACUAUGGCCUCUACGUUUUUUCUUCUCAGUGGUGUAUUUUGUAUUUUUCGUCAGCAGUUGUUGUUUUCUGGUCAUUUCUGUGUGAGUGCUGCAGCCCGUUUGGCUGAAUAGUCUGAGCUAAGGUCAGUAAAGAUGAUGUUCAGUGUGAGUGAGAGAUUAUGUGCGUGUGUUUGACAGCAGUGCAGCGCGUGUGUGUGUCUGAGGCUCAUUAAUAAUGUAUGAAGUGGGAGGGGUGAUGGAGAGGGGGAGGCGACAGAUGGAGAAUCAGUGUGCAUGAGAGAGGCGGAGAGAGGACACGCUCCGAGAAACAGUGACAGAACAGAGACGGGGAGAAAGACUCAGCAAGAGUGAAAACCAUGGACAGACUUUAAUGUUUGCCAUCAGUUCUUACGGUAACGUCUGCUCUCUCUGUGUCUCUGUGGUCUGUCUGACUGACAGUUCUUGCUGUUUGCCUCUUGGUUUUUUGGAUGUGGAAGGAUUGAUAAAGAUGGAAAUACAACAGUCAUUCAGCACAGCUGUUCACCUGGACACAGGAGCUGCAGUAACUGAGGUCUGUUAAGUGGCCACCACGGAGUGGGUGAACAGACAGCGAAGCAAAGGUCCUCAGUGUGGUUGUCAGUGAAGGAGCGGAGGUGAAGGGCGAGGCCGGCCAAGCAGAGCGGAGCGAUGUUGGGGCAGGGCAAGCAUGCAACGCCUGCUCUCAUGUUAUUCCUGCUGCUGCUGACACACGAAGCAGCCAACAUUGAAGUCCCGCAAGACCAAAAGAUCCUGCAAGAAUUGAAGCAACCCCCCACUAUAAUCAAACAGUCAGCGAAAGACUUCAUUGUGGACCCCAGAGAUAACAUCAUCAUAGAGUGUGAAGCCAAGGGCAACCCAGUGCCAACCUUCUCAUGGAGGAGGAAUGGAAAAUUUUUCAACAUUGGGAAAGAUCCCAGGGUGACCAUGCGAAAACGCUCAGGAACCCUGGAGAUUGGCUUCCGUAAUGGAGGACGACCUGAAGAUUACGAAGGAGAAUACCAGUGUUUUGCCACUAAUGAUUUGGGAGUAGCUCUGUCUAAUAAAAUCUUGCUUCGGGUCUCUAAGGCUCCACUGUGGCCUAAGGAGGUGCUGGAUGCAGUGAAGGUUACAGAAGGGUUCCCGCUGGUUUUAUCCUGUAACCCCCCACCAGGCCUGCCUCCUCCGAUCACCUUCUGGAUGGACAGUGAUAUGAGUCCGAUCCCUCAGGAUAAAAGAGUGUCAAUGGGUUUGAAUGGGGACCUGUACUUUUCCAAUGUUCUGGCCUCAGAUGCUGACACAGAUUAUAGCUGCAAUGCUCGCUUCCUCUUCACACACACCAUCCAGCAGAAGAACCCCUUCACACUUAAAGUUCAAACCACGGAGCCAUAUAAUGACACCUCUUAUAAUGCCACAAAGCCCUAUGGUGACCGUAACUUAGUUGAGUCCAAGCCCACCUUACUCUCACCAUCAGGAAAGGAAAGCUCAAAGCUGGUGCUCCGAGAUGAGAGACUGCUGCUGGAGUGUAUUGCUGCUGGCCUUCCAACCCCUACUGUCAAGUGGAUUAAGAUGGGUGCGGAACUGUCUGAACACAAAGUGAAGUUCGAGAACUACAACAAGACCCUUAAGAUUAUCAACGUGUCAGAGGAGGAUGCUGGAGUGUAUGAGUGCAUGGCCAACAAUCAUUUAGGGAGUGUACGCCACUCCAUCACGGUCGAGGUCAAAGCUGCUCCUUAUUGGCUGGACAAACCUACAGACCUGGUGCUAGCCCCCGAUGAAAGCGGGCGUCUAGUGUGUCGGGCCAAUGGCAACCCUAAGGCUAACAUCCAGUGGCUAAUCAAUGGACAGCCGAUUGACACCCCAGGUGCUCUCCCAAAUCCUAGCAGAGAAGUGGAAGGUGACAUCAUCAUGUUCCGCUCUGUGCAGAUGGGAAGCAGCGCUGUCUACCAGUGUAACGCCUCCAACGAGCACGGCUACCUGCUGGCCAAUGCCUUUGUCAGUGUUCUUGACAUGAGUCCAAGGAUCCUGGGCCCUAAAAAUCAGCUAAUUAAAGUCAUCAGGAACAACCGCACCCUUCUCGAUUGUCCCUUCUUUGGUUCCCCUCUGCCAGAGCUACGCUGGUUUAAGAACGGACAGGGCAGUGGGUUGGAUGGAGGUCAGUAUCGUGUUUACGUCAACGGCACCCUGGAAAUCAAGCGGGCUCAAGCAGAGGAUGUGGGGACCUACACCUGUGUGGCCAGCAGCAUCCUGGGCACAGUUAACAACCAGGUUCGCCUAGAGGUCAAAGAACCAACUCGUAUAGUUCAAGGACCAACGCAUCAGUCGGUUAACCGGGGCUCUGCAGCUCGAUUUGACUGUAAGGUGACAUCUGAUCCAAACCUGUCAAUCACUGUAACCUGGACCAAGGAUGACAAGCCUCCCUAUGUUGGAUGGAGGCUGAAGAAGGACGAUGAGUCGCUGACCAUCCACAAUGUGAAUGAGGGCGAUGAGGGAACAUACACCUGUACUGUUAAAUCUGAGCUAGACCAGGACUCAGCCUCAGCCCGCCUCACUGUGUUAGACGAAGCAUCCCUCGACCCCCCACUCUCUAGUGCCUUGCCUCCAGACCGUCCAGAUCCUCCCAUGGAUCUGGAUCUGUCAGAUCCAGCAGCUCGCAGUGUUCGCCUCACUUGGAUCCCUGGAAAUGACCACAGGAGCCCCAUCACAGAGUUUUUGGUCCAGUUUGAGGAGAACCGCUGGGAGCCAGGCAGGUGGCAGGACCUGGCCACAUAUCCUGGAGACCUAAACUCUGUCAUCCUGCAGCUUGCCCCCUUUGUCAACUACCAGUUCAGGGUCAUCGCCAUUAACUCAGUGGGCCAAAGUGAGCCAAGCCGCCCAUCGCCAAGAUACAAGACCACUGGGGCUACCCCAGAUGCCAUUCCCAGAGGUCUGAGAGGUUGGGGCUCCCAAAAAGAUAAUAUGGAGAUCACAUGGGAGCCCUUGCUUGAUCUGGAGAGACACGGUCGGAACCUUCACUACAUGGUGUGGUGGAGACGGAAGGAUUUGGGGGAAGACUGGAGUAAUGUGACCACGCUCACGUCCAAACAUGUUGUUCAAAACACAGAAACCUAUGUGCCUUAUGAAAUAAAAAUUCAGGCCAGGAAUGAAUAUGGAGCAGGACCUGAGUCUAAUGUGAUUAUUGGCUACUCUGGAGAGGACAAGCCCACUGAUGCUCCCACUGAGCUUCGGGUGUCAAAGGUCAACAGCACAAAAGCAAAUGUUCACUGGAAGCCAGUAAACCUGAAUUCUGUCCAGGGAGAGUUCAAGGAAUACAGGCUCUACUAUUGGCGUGAGUCCAGUCUGGUUCCAAAUCUUGUGGUCAGUAAAGAGAACAAAAUCAAAGGGUUCUACAGCACUGUGGCUGAGCCAUCUGGCAUCCUCAGUGACCUGGUACCGUACUCAAAAUACAAGAUGUUCAUGGUUGUGGCUAACAGCCGCUUUGAGGGUCCCCCCAGCAACACAGUGGAGUUCACCACCAAAGAGGGGGUUCCUGAUGCUCCAAAGUUCUUCAGGAUCAACAGGAGGAGCUUUGACAGCAUCUACUUGGAGUGGGACAAACCAUUGGAGCCCAAUGGCAUUUUGAUAGGAUACCAGCUCAAGUUUCAAACAGUCAAUGGCUCUACGCUGGGUAAGACUCAGAUGCAAACCUUCUCCCGUAACAUGACCAAUUACACGGUGCGCCUGCCGGACCGCUCCACCCGCUACAAGUUCUACCUGUCAGCACGCACACAGGUGGGAGCAGGGGAGGUCUAUGCUGAGGAGUCUCCACACUUUGCCAAUGAGGAAAACUUUACUGAUGCCACAGGUCUAGUUGAGCUGACCAAUGCCCCUGUGGCUUCAGCUUUCACUCCUACUCCUCCUCCUCUUGCUCCUCUUCCUCCUACUACAAUUGCUCUUACAACUAUUAGCACCUCAACUACUUCUUUUCCUUCAACUACAACAACUACUGCUACUACUAUUAACGCGACCACCAUCACUACUAGUACAACGACUACUACCACCACAACUGAGGCGACUACUACCACUACUCCACCUGUGCUGGUCACCACCAAGCGUGUCGAUCAGAAUGUGCUGGUGUCCCCUGAGCGCGAGAUCUGGAAUCUGACGGUGGAGCCUAACAGUAACUACGCUAACGUCAGCUGGAGUCACAACUUCCCGGCCGGCAGCAGCGAGUUUGUGCUAGAGUUCACACUGGACAGCGACAAGACGUUGAAAGUUGUACCAGUGAAACAGCAGCCUCCGAUUACGGUGGCCGAUCUGAUCGCAGGUGCCAAGUACCAACUGAGGGUUUACUCCCAUGAGCUCAACAGCGUCAGCAGCAAAAAUGUCACCUUUAAGACCAAACCAGCCUACAUAGACCAAGUGGACAUAGCAACACAGGGAUGGUUCAUUGGCUUGAUGUGUGCCAUAGCCCUCAUCAUACUGAUCCUGCUCAUCGUCUGCUUCAUCAAGAGGAGCCGAGGAGGCAAAUAUCCAGGUGGUGGGCUCACUGGCUUGGCAAAAUAUCUAGUGCGUGAUAAAAAAGAUCUCCCCUUGGACCCAGUGGAUCAUAAAGACCAGGAUGGAUCCUUUGAUUACCAAAAUGGGUCGUCUGUCCCUGACAGGAACGAAAAUGAGAACAGCAGCGACGAGGACAACAAGCCACUGCAGGGCAGCCAGACUUCACUUGACGGCAAUGUGAAGGAAAGUGAUGACAGCUUGGUGGACUAUGGUGAAGGUGGCGACGGCCAGUUCAAUGAGGAUGGUUCAUUCAUUGGCCAGUACACGGUUAAAAAAGAUAAGGAUGAGACAGAGGGCAACGAGAGCUCAGAGGCCACCUCACCCGUCAACGCCAUCUACUCGCUGGCAUAGCCUUGUUGCAGCAUGUGAGGAAGUCAUUGGCAUCUUCUGGGUUGCGGACAUGAGGCCAGUGCAACACACACCAGAUACAGUACAACACACACAUCAAUCUAUGAGCAUAAGAUACAUAAAACACAUAAUGAUUGCAGCGGGGCCUGUCCGGAGACUGUGUAGGAAUAAGACAGGUAGUGGAAUAAGACCACAAACCAUUCCAGCUCCAAGAACAGCCCAUUGGAAGUGAUGUUUGGACAAAGCGGACAGUUCUUGUUUUCCUCCGUGCUCUACCUGCCCUUUGUCCACACAGACUUGAAGUGUGCCUUGAGGGCAGCACUUGGCAUUUGGAGGCAUCAACAAGUGUUCUUUCGAGUUUUUUCGUUGGUUUGUUUCUGCUCUGAACAGUUUCUGUGUCCUUGCUCUACUUCUUGAUUCCGCCGCAUACAUAUAUUUCUGUAGCAUCCCAAUAGAGAACACACAAAAGCUACACACACAACCUGCACCCCUCCUGCAACAUAUCAGCUUCUAACCAUCAGUUUCAACAGGAUGCUGGCAGAUAUGUUUAUCAUAUUGAUAUUUACACAAUGAAAGAUUUUAGUUUUUCCACGACUGGUAGAUGAGCUAUUGAAUAUUAAUAAAUGCUGUAUACAGCGUUGGCACGCAGUUUAGUGCCCUGCAGAACUAUGCACUAUCAUGUCCACCAUACCAUUUGGGCUUUAAUCUGGUUAGUAAAAGUACACAUUUUGGUUCUCGCUUAACCACUGAAAGGCUUGAAAUCCCUUUGCCUUGUAAAACAUUGUAGACAUAUUUUUCUUCACACUAAUCCAUUGUCAUAGUUUAAAUGUUAAGAUGUGUCAAAUGGCCACAGUAAGAAAAGCCAUUUUUGCCACUAGCAGCAACAGCCGCUGCAGUGGAAUUUUUAAAAGCUAACAAAUAAUGUUUUGGAGCAUGGUAGUAUCUGAGGCAGUAGAACGGAAUGUUAGUCUUAAGAAACAACAGUAGACGACAACCCAGUGAAAUCCCUAGUUAGCAUGUAGGCCAGCGCUGAACCCACCAGAACUCUGGGAGUUUUUAUCCAGCAGUCCAAAAAGCUCCUAAUUUGUUUUUUAACUUCUGAGAUGUGUUAUGCCUAUGUUGUCUCCGAUGGUACCUGAAUGCAGCAUGAGAACCUGGAAUCCUUAAGGUGUGUUCAGACUACAUUUUCACUUGCCACUCUUCAUACAACUUUAAACACUGACUUUUAUUACAGUAAGUUUUAAUUCUUUACAGCCAGUGUCCGGGUGUUGGCUAGGAGAUAGAUGUAUUUAUUUUCUUUCCUGUCUCAAGUAGCUUUUUCUCUCAAACUUGUUACUUGUUUCUUUAUAGUCUGUACCUUACACCUCUCAUUUUCUCCAAUUUGUGUAAACUCAAUUAUUGUACUAAUCGUCAUAAAAAAAGAAAAUAUCAAAUAUUGAAUAAUUUGACAACAGUUAUAGCAUGAAGACAUUUAAAUCACAGCCACCUUUGAAAUGGUACGCAUCAGCGUAGUUCUUAGUUUGGGCAGAGGAAGAAAUAAAAAUGAAAUAGUAUGAGUGAGCGCUGAGUAUUUUACUUGUCCAAUAACUACUGUAGGUUUGAUAUGUAAUCAUUCUCUGAUCAUUCUCUGAUUCUCUGAUCUCUGACUGAUCUCUGUAUUAAAAUCAGUGCAACUGUAUGUGUUCACUGGUUUAACCUUAGCUACCUGCUACUAAACACCACUAUAUCAAGCCGUUCAAGUCAAAUUUACAUAGAUCAUAACUCUGGUUAGUGGCUGCAGUUGACUCUUUAUUUUGAGAUAUUUAUUUUAUAUUUUUAUGACUAUUUAUUACGUUAUGUGCAUAGUAUUAAUAUAUUAGUUAUAUUAUAAUUGUUUAAACACUUACUUACUAAACACCUACUUAUUUUGUCCUUUUACACCAGAAAUUAGCCAAGACAGUGAUGACUUCAGUGUCUCAUCAUGAGAGGUGUUAAACACCACAGAAAAAUAUUUUUGUAACCUCUGGCUUUUCUGCUGUAACCUAGGCAACAAUGAAAAACAAUUGUCAUAUAUAAAAGGUUGUUAUUAUCUGUCCGUGUGCUGCUCUUCUCAUACUCAUGUUGUAUUAAUGUUUUUCUGUGUUGUUCUUCAGAUUUAUGUAAUAUAACAGAACCACCACAUAAAAUUAUUAUUGUUGCGUAUCAUUUAUUUGUCAUAUUCCUUUAUACAUUGUCCUAAACCUCUAUCUUUGUAAAUAUGUCAUAGUUCAUUUCCCCACAAAUGCUUUAUUUAAUAAGGAAUCAAAGAGUCACAAAUCUGUAACCACAAAGCAAAUGCGACAGGUGGAUGUUUAGUUCUUCAUGCACCUUUGUAAUGUAAAUUUGACUAACAUUUGCAAUCUGAGAAGAUAUCAAAAAUAAUCCAUCACUCUAUGUUCCCUUUGCUUUGACAUUGUAAUAUAUGGUACUGGCUGUGGCAAGUCUACCAAUCAAUUGUUUAAUGAAGGUUUGGAUUCGCUGUUGUGAAAGAGAAAUAAUUUAGAUGUAAAUAAGUGCUCCUGCAAUAUAAUGUUUGUAGCAUUUGUCGCACACUGCUAGUAGUCCUAAAAGAAUUGCAUUCACAUGCUGAGUUAUUGGAAUAUGCCAUGAUUCUCUCUGGAUCUAGUCCUUAUUCCCAUAUUUACUCUAAUACUCCUAUUGUUGUGUAGCCAUUUCUCAUUCAAUGGUUACAGGUCAAGUCUCUUCACAAGUAAGACAGCUAUGCCUCCUGCACAACAUCAACAAUAAGGCUGAAUAUUCUUUCCAUAUCUGUGUAACCACGAGGGUCCCUGAAAUGCCAGUUGUGUGGAUUUUGUGCGCUAUAACCAUGACAGAUUUCUAAAUUUUACCUUGUUUGUGACUGUUUUAUAAAUUCUAGAGGUGUCCAUUUCUACCAUUAGAUGAAAAAUGCAAGAGGAAAAAGUUAGUUAUGAUAAAAUAUGCAAUUCUAAUAAAUAAUAAUAAAAGUAAAUAUGACAAAAUUUAAAAAUUGACUUAAAUCAAAUUCCAACUUUUUGUCAUCUUAUUAUUUUCAUAACAACAUACUAUCUGUUUUUGAUUUUCCUUCUUAAGUAGUGGAAACUACACAAUCUGAGGCUGAUACUAGCUUGAACUUGAGCCCUUGAAUUUUCAGCAUAGGGACAAAGUUCAGUUAGUCAAUCCACUUUGUAGUUUUAGCUACAAAGUGGAUAGCUGAAGAUAUUGUCAGUGAUUUUGGUUCACUUUUUUCCUGUACUUUUCUGGUGUCUGUGUACCCAUUUCUGUUAGAAUGGAAUUGAUCUGGAGCAACUGAACAGUGUCCUUAUUCCAAAACUUAUACUUAGACUUAUUCCAAAAACUUGUUCUCAAAGCAAGUGGAGAACAUUGUCUACAAAAGUGUGUUCUGGUAAUCAGUGGAAAAUGUGAAACAAAGUGGUCAGAAAAGUGAUAUCAGUAUUGACACAGAACACGGAUUAGAUUAACGGUUCUGGCCUAGUAUUGCUCAUACCCUUCAAAACAAAGAAAUGUCUCACUGUCAGUCAUUGUGUCAACUAAAACUACUUUCAAACAGUCAUGUUGGCUUUGUUUUCUGCACAAUUUAAAGCAAUAUCUUCUCGGUUUUAAUCAGCUACAUCAGGUGAUUUCUCUGAUGCUUUUACAGUGUGUUGGCUAUAACCACCGAGGACAGACAUGUUAAAAAGCACGAGUCUGCUGUAGGAAUGACAGCACUAAGCAUCUUUUGUUUGGACUUUCAGUAGGUCAGAACCCCCACCGGACCUAUUGGGAAGUGUUUAUUUUAAUUUAACAUGUGGUUUCAUGGCCUUCUGUUCCUUGUCUAUCAAAGUGGGGGAGUAAACUGGCUCUGAAAAAAAGAAAAGAGAACUGAACCUGCUGAUACACAAUGCUUUCUUCUUGUGCAUGCUGAUUUAAGGUGUUGAGGUGAGUAGAUCUCCUCAGCUGCCCUUUCAUGGCAAAUAAAAAGUCAAUGCACAGUUCUACAGCUGUCUUCUUCUUCAAAUUGCUGCAAAAUUUAGACCGGUACACUGGUUUUUUUUUAAAACGAUUCCAUGCUGUUUGACUUUGUCUUUUUUUAUAUAAAUUCUUAUUUUCACGUCUUGCUUUCACCAUGUAUAUUAGAGCAAAGUCUAGCUUCACCAUGCAAAAUAACAGCUUUUGUAAAAAAACACCUACUACUUAAAAAGGCAUAAAUAUAUUCACCAUGUAUGCGUGUAUGAUGAGAUGUUGCAAAUUCUGCUAGCGACGCCUUCUUUAUAGUAAAGCUAUGUUCUUUUCUCUA